CAUGUUCAUGAAUUUGCCACAGCGCGUUUCGGAAUGCUGUGGUCUUUAGGACCUUCCGUCUCGCCGUAGCGCAAGCAGCUGCAGUAUGUUAUUAAAGUAUCGCGAAUCUCAGGAGUGGAAAUAAACUCUUCAUAUGUGAUUGUAAAUCAGGAUCCAUCAGUCAUGGGGAACACAAGUGAUCGAAUGUCUGCUGAUCGGCAUGGAUCAAAACCUCAUCGUUCAGAGAGUGGAGGUGGACACAAAGAUCUUGAGCCCAGCAAAAUGAUGGACAGCACUGACGACCCCAACAUCUUUAACACACGUGGACCAGAAUCUAAAGCUUCAGGUGAAAAGGAUCCUCCAGAUUUAGAUGACAUGGUAAAGAUGAGUCCUCAGGCCCGACCCACUGUUAUCCGCUGGGCAGGAGGAGGGAAAGAGGUCUACAUCACAGGGUCCUUUAAUAACUGGAGCACCAAGAUCCCACUUAAUAAAAGCCAUAAUGAUUUUGUAGCAGUCUUGGAUCUACCUGAGGGUGAACAUCAGUACAAAUUCUUUGUGGAUGGACAGUGGCUUCAUGACCCCUCUGAGCCUGUUGUCACCAGUCAGAUGGGCACCAUUAAUAAUCUGAUGCAUGUGAAGAAAUCAGACUUUGAGGUGUUUGACGCGCUGCAGGUGGACUCGCUGGAGUGCUCGGACACAUCAGACCUGUCCAGUUCACCGCCCGGUCCAUACGGACAGAACGUGCACAUGUUUAAACCUGAGGAACGCUUCAAAGCUCCACCCAUACUCCCGCCUCACCUCCUACAAGUCAUCCUCAACAAAGACACCAACAUAUCAUGUGAUCCUGCCCUGCUGCCAGAACCAAACCAUGUCAUGCUGAACCAUCUGUAUGCGCUCUCAAUAAAGGAUGGUGUGAUGGUCCUCAGUGCAACUCACCGCUAUAAGAAGAAAUAUGUGACUUCUCUGCUGUACAAACCCAUUUAAUGAGCUCAGUCAUCAUCCAUCAGAGCUGAGAUUGCACUUUCAAACACUUGACACAUACAGCAGAUUUGUCAAUUUGAUGCUGUGCGUGCCGUCAUUUCUCGUUGCACAUCUUUUACCCAUUUUAUUUUUAAACACCCGAGUUUGUUCUCUUAGGUCAUAAUGCGAAUACAAUCUUAAGGUGAACCAUGGUUAUUUAUCUUAACUUGUUAUAUUUUAAGGGUUUAUGAAAUAUGAAUGAAAUAUUUUUAAAGAAACCUUUAUCAAGAGCAUGACAGAAUGAUGCUAUGAGUUUUACUGUGUGACUUGUCUUAAGUUUUGUCUUUUACUCUGAUGUGCUUUAACUGUGUUAAGACAACGGAUAAUCAGACAAACAUGUAGAUGAACACGUUUGCAUUUUCUCAUGUAGGAAUGAAUUUUUUGUCUGUUACAUAUAUAUUUUAUAUUUAAUUCAAGAUAUAUUUGUCUGUAUUGAGUUUGUUUUUAUUUGCUGCUGAUGUUUUUUGAUGCUGCGAGCUGAAAUAGUGUGCUGUUAUAUUUAUUCACU